AUGGCGGGGUUGGGAGCAAGAGGAGGUGAACUGGUGUUGCCAAAGCCGGUGACUUUUGUGACCGGAAACGCCAAAAAGCUUGAAGAAGUGCGCGCCAUCUUGGGCACCUCCAUUCCCUUCAACACUCUCAAGCUCGAUUUGCCAGAAUUGCAAGGGGAGCCUGAGGACAUCUCCAAAGAAAAGGCGAGGUUGGCUGCCGUUCAGAUUAAUGGUCCUGUGCUUGUGGAAGACACUUGCCUCUGCUUCAAUGCCCUCAAGGGUCUACCUGGGCCUUACAUGUAAGUUUUUCAUCUUGCUUGCUCUCACCAGGUGGAUUUAUCUUUUGUUGCUCAAAAUUUGAUAUUUUUAUCAUAUGGAGCAAAAAAAAA